CGUCGCCGGGAUCGGAAAAAUGGCAAUUUCUUUCCAUUCUUUCUGUAUUCAAUCAUCUACUAUGAUCUUCAUUCUGUGGAGUAUAAUCAUUCAAUCGGAAUCGUACACUUCAUCAUCCAUCCGUCUUCCUCGAUCUCAAUCUAGAUCUCCGCCUGUUACUAUCUUCGUCACCGAAUAUGGCGCCACCGGCGAUGGCGUUCACUACGACACUGGACCUAUUCAGUCCGCAAUCGAUGCCUGCUCGUUAGCGGGUGGCGGUCGUGUCGUUUUCCCGCCGGGGAAUUACUUGACGGCGACGGUGUUUCUGAAGUCUAGAGUGGUGUUGGAGGUGCAGAAGAACGCGACCGUAUUGGGAGGGACAAGGCUGGAGGAUUAUCCGGCGGAGCAGAGCAGGUGGUAUGUGGUGGUGGCGGAGGAUGCGGAGGACGUUGGGAUCACUGGCGGCGGCGAGAUCAAUGGUCAAGGGUUGGAGUUUGUGGUGAAGUUUGACGAGAGGAAGAAUGUGAUGGUGAGCUGGAAUCAGACCGGGGCUUGUACCGGCGAUGAGUGUAGGCCACGACUGGUUGGGUUCAUCAGAUCUAAAAAUGUUAGGGUUUGGGAUAUUCAUUUGACCGAGCCUGCUUAUUGGUGCUUGCAUUUGGUACAAUGUGAUAACACAUACAUUCAUGAUAUGUCGAUCUACGGAGAUUUCAAUACCCCAAACAAUGAUGGAAUCGACAUAGACGAUUCAAACAACACUGUCAUCACAAGAUGCAGCAUCAACACCGGAGAUGAUGCCAUCUGCCCAAAGACAUACGAUGGCCCUCUGUACAAUCUCACCGCCACAGAUUCUUGGAUUCGCACAAAAUCUUCCGCUAUCAAAUUUGGAAGUGCUAGUUGGUUCGAAUUCAAAGACCUUCUCUUCAAUAAUAUCACGAUAGUAGACUCUCAUCGAGGACUUGGACUACAAAUACGUGAUGGAGGAAACGUAAGAGACGUAACUUUUUCAAACAUAAACAUAACUACGAGAUACUAUGAUCCGUCAUGGUGGGGUCGGGCCGAGCCGAUUUACGUGACAACAUGCCCAAGAGAUGACACUUCAAAAACCGGCACAAUCUCCAACUUACUUUUUGUUAACAUCACGGCGACAUCAGAAAAUGGGAUUUUCUUGUCGGGGUCAAAAAACGGAAACCUUAGGAAUUUAAAGUUCUUGAAUGUGAACCUUAAUUACAAACGAUGGACUAAUUAUGCCGAUGGGUUGGUUGAUUAUAGACCGGGAUGUCAAGGUUUGGUGAACCGUAGCUCGGCAGGGAUCAUGAUGGAACACAUCGAAGGUUUGGAGGUCAAGAAUGUAAAUAUGAGAUGGUUAGGGGACCGCGUACGACGAUGGAAUAAUCCUUUGGAGUUUAGGCCAUCAAAUGUUGAUAACGUUUCUUUGUUGAAUUUUCACUCGGGUUCGUACGAUGAGUAGAUAUGUCGAAAAACGAUUCAUUCUUUAAGUGUAGGUAUGUGUUUUUAUGCGUGAGAAAUAAUGAACCCAUUUCCUGCUCGUUUAUUUUGACAUGGAUUGCUUCGACAUCUACA